GUGGAGGUGCCCACAGCUGUGCCAUGGCCAUCAGGGAGGAGCUGCGCAGCGGCCGCCUCUGGCGGGGGGUGCUGGCGGAGGCCGUGGGGACCCUCAUCUUCGUGGGGGUGGUGCUGGGGGCCUCGGCGGGCCCCGGCCCCCUGGCGCCGGCGCUGGCGGGGGGACUGGCGGCCGGGGGGCUGGUCUGCACCCUCGGGGGGCCGCAGGCCAACCCCGCGCUCACACUGGCCCUGCUGUGCACCCGCAAGCUCGGUGCCCUGCGCGGGGCCCUGGCGGUCCUGGCCCAGUGCGCGGGGGCUUCGCUCGCCGCCGCGGCGCUGCCGGCCGGCACCGGCCCGCUCACCGGGGUGAGUGUCCCCAGCCCCGCGCCCUCCCUGGCACUCGGGAUGGGUGGACAGGUGUCCCUCCCGCAGGUGGGGACGGCAGGGACGGCGCUGGCCUGGGAGACCUUCGCCACCUUCCAGCUGGCGCUGGCCGCCUUCGCCACGGCGGAGCUCGCGGCUCCGCAGGCCGGGCUGGCCCUGGGCAGCGCCGUGGCCGCCGGUGCCCUGGCCGCGGGGCCGUUCUCGGGGGGCAGCAUGAACCCCGCGCGCGCGCUGGGGCCAGCUGUCGUCACCGGGGUCUGGGACCACCACUGGGUGUACUGGUUGGGGCCGGUGCUGGGCGCGGUGCUGGCCGGGCUCUCCUACGAGUUCCUCCUGGCCCCCGGAGCCUCCCGGGAGAAGUUGGGUGCCUGCCUCGCCUGCCGGGACGUGGCACUGGUGGAGACCCCCAGCCCAUCCCCUUCCUCACCCUCUGCCCGUGGCCCCCCGGCCCCCCAGGCUGAGCGGGAUCAGGGCACGGCGUGAGCCCCCUGGACCCCCUCUCCGAUCCACCCCACCGAUCCUCGACACCCCAACGCCAUCUCCCCACAGCCCCCAGAGCCUUCCGUGGGGGGCAGCCAGGGCACGGUGUCCCCCCUGGUGGGAUGGGGGGUCCCUGCACGAUGGCUCCAGCCCCCCCUCAACCUUUUACUG